AUGUCGACGAUCGACAUCAAGCUCGCCCGCGUCGACCGCAUCUACCGGCCCCAUGAGCUCGUCCAAGGUCAUGUCAUCAUCCAUGCGACCAACGCGUUCGCCCACCAAGGCAUUAGCAUGCGCGUCGAGGGCAGCGCGAAGCUCCAGCUGAGCGCCAAGAGCGUCGGGCUCUUCGAGGCCUUUUACAACACGGUCGCGCCGCUCGAGCUCGUCUACUUCCACAUCCCGAUCAUCGGUCCGGGCAAGGUGCCGGUGGGGAUCACCAAGGUGCCAUUUGAGUUUGAGCUGCUCGGCGCCAACCCCAAGCAGUGCUUUGUCGAGACGUACCAUGGCGUGUACGUCAGCGUCAAGUACGACAUCAUAUGCGACUGCGUUCGCGGCCUCAUGAAGAAGAACCUCCACAAGACGCUCGAGUUCAUCGUCGAGGUCCCGCUGCGCGACGCGCUGCCCGACGCUCCGGAAGAGUUUACCAUCACGCCCGACAAGAUCGAAAACCUCCGCGUUCGCAACACGAUGCGCAACAUCCCAUCCUUCCGCAUCUCGGGGCGCAUCCACCGAACCAACUGCCCCGUCAACAUGCCCUUUACGGGCGAGAUCACGGUCGAGGCGGCGUCCGCGCCCAUCAAGAGCAUCGAGCUCCAGCUCAUCCGGGUCGAGAGCGUGGUACACGCCGAAGGCAUCGCCCGGGACGCGACCGAGAUCCAGAACGUCCAGAUUGGCUGGGGCAAUGUGACGCAGCAGGUUGCAAUCCCGAUCUACAUGAUCUUCCCGCGCUUGUUUACGUGCCCGUCCAUGCUCACGCCAGGCUUCAAGGUGCAGUUCGAGGUCAAUGUUGUCGUGCUCUUCGAAGACGGCUACAUGAUCACCGAGAACUUCCCGAUCCAUCUCUACCGCUGA